AUGUCUGCCAUUCCUACUGCGACGCUUACUCGCGUCGGAGCGAAUUCGUACUACAUUCCAUCACGCUUGACGUCGAUACCCCCACGGUCCCGCGAAUGUGUCUUUGGUAACGAGCUUGACUUUAACGAUGGACCUAUUCCAAUCACGUUGUUUGUUCUUGAGAACGUGAUGGAUGCGUCAGAACGCAAACUAUUCUCCACCAGUGAGUCCUGGCUCAAAACAGACGAUGUAUUCAAUAAGAAUUUCCUGAAACACGUCUACUUCUUGGUUUCCGCAAACACGAAACUUUACCUAGACACUUUGGCCAUCAGCGUACCGGAAGACUGGAAAAACCAAAGCGUCCACGCCGUGGUGGUGAACUCGAAUAGAGACCUAUCUAGCUUCCGCGGUGGACCAUAUUUUGCCUCCAACGUUGGCAUUCGGCAGGCAUGGCGCCUUCGUUGCUACUACGAAAAGCCCUCCGAUACCAAGCCUCUAUCUGGUAUGAGAAUAGCUAUCAAGGACAAUAUCGACCUGGAAGGUGUGCGGACAAGUGCCGGCAGUCGUGCUUACCAAGCUCUUCAUGCAGAGCAAGCACGCAGCGCUGCAUGUGUUACAAAGCUUUUGGAGGCGGGAGCAGUUAUUGUGGGGAAAACAAAGACAGUCCAAUUCGCCUCUGGAGAGAAUGCGCGGGAUUGGAUUGACUACUCUGCACCGUUUAAUCCUAGGGGCGAUGGCUAUCAAGAACCCAGUGGUAGUAGCACUGGAAGCGCUACAGCAGCAUCGGCUUACGACUGGAUAGAUGCCACUUUAGGCACUGAUAGUAAGCUCAGUUCUUGGUCGAACAUUCUGUCGGACUAA